AUGCCUUCUGUCGAUACAAAAAAGGCAGCUAUAGCCACAACUGCUGAAGAUUCCUCAAAAAAAUAUGAAGCACCUAACAAGAUUGUGCUAUCAAAAAGCGCUGGUGGUAACAUUUCACAAUAUCCAGUUGAAUUCACCAAAGAUUCAAAAUACUUUUUCACAAGCGUCCAUUCUAGUGUUAAAGUAUACAGUAUGGCUACAGGCGCAGUCGUCAAAGUUCUUUCCCAAUCACCAUCGACAGGAGGACAUUCAGACAAGAUCACCUGUGUGAUACUGAAUCCAAAGAAUCACCUUCAGUUAUAUACUGCAAGUUUAGAUGGAACGAUCAAAUUAUGGGACUAUAAUGACAAUAUCUUGCUAAAGACAUACAUUGUUCGAUCACCCAUUGAAUUCAUGGUCAUGUCACCAGAAACACCCAAUUAUGCUUAUAUUGUUGUGAAAACAAAUGAUGAAGAAAACAAUUCAACCAUUUACCGCUAUACAUUUGGAGAUGACAACGCUACUCGUCGGCGCAUCUAUUCAUUAGAGGAUUGCAGCUCGCUUGACGUCACAAAGGAUGGUAAGUGGUUGGCUUUUGCCGCUCGAUACAAAGCCUAUGUCUGGCCCGUGAAUGAGGAAAUGGAUGAAGUACCUGAGUCCCAAGUAUUUGAACAUACUUUCGUCGAAUACCUCACAGUCCUUAAAUUCCACCCUGAGAAGCCUAUUCUGGCAGUGGGUGACAGAUCUGGAAAGAUUACACAUAUUGCAAACUACAAAUCAGAAGACGAAAAGGACCAUAUUCGAUCUAUUCAUCAUUGGCACCAUCUUCCUGUAAGAUGCCUUACGUUUAUGGCUGAUGGAUCUUAUUUGAUGUCUGGCGGUGAAGAAGCUGUAUUGGUCAUUUGGCAACUAGACACAGGUCAUAAGCAAUUCUUACCUAGAUUGGGUGGCAGUAUUGAUUUCAUCACCAUUUCUCCAAACAACCGAUUUUACUGUGUUGGAUUAGAUGAUAAUUCGAUUCGGUUAGUCAACAGCAUUACCCAAACAAUCGAGCAAGUGAUUCAAGGUCUUCAAUAUGCACAAGUGCAUCACUCAGCUAACCCUCUCACGACCGGUUUGGUGAUUGAACCUCGUAAUCACCAUAUUGUCAUGAAUGGAGUACCAGGAAGUAUACAAUUCUAUGAUGUCAAUACAGACAGUCAUAUUAUGGAUCUGGAAGUAGUACCGAUGAAUCGUGUGGUUCGAGCUGGAGAAAAGGAAAUUGUGAAUGCCCAUGUGAUGCAUGUCGCAUUCUUACCCAGCGGUGAAUGGAUGGCAACAGUAGAUAUGCGUGAUGAUAAGGUGACUACGCCUGAAUUGUUCUUGAAGUUUUGGAGGUGGGACCCUGAUACCCAGGCAUAUAAACUACACACACGAGUCGAUUACCCACACACAGAGCCAAUCACUUCCCUCGUCUUCAAUCCUGUCUCUCGACGUGGUCCCAUGGCUAUUACAACUUCCAAAGAUAAAUCUUUCAAAGUAUGGAGCCUGAAUGCCAGUCAACCCAACACAGAGGCAGUGUGGAUGUGUCGUUCAGUAGGUGUUUAUCGUGAUAGUGAAGCAAAAAUUGCAGCAUUUUCAGAAGAUGGUAGUGUCUUGGCUGUGGCAUUUGAUCAAAUCAUCACCCUAUGGGAUCCUUAUCUCAACUCCAUUCAAGCCGUGCUGGCACAGCCUAACCCUGAGAGCAUUGAAAAGCUGAGCUUUCUGGGUGACAACUGUCCGUUUAUGAUUGCCAUCACUAAAUCACAUCUGUAUGUUUGGAAUCUGCUAACAUGUAAAGUUUGGUGGAGCUACAAAAUAUCCGUGAACCACUAUGCAGUAGACACGGCCUCCAAUCAUUUUGCGAUCGUCUCCAACUCUCCAAAACUGAAUCAAUCUCGUAUCAUUGUCUUUGACCCCAAAUCACACAUCCCCAUCGCUCUUCAGCAACACAGUAAUACAACAUUAGCUAUUUCAUGGCUUGCAAAAGAACAAGAUGAAUCAUUUGGCUCCUAUAGCAAUCUUGUGUGUCUGAACAACAAGUAUGAAAUAUCUAUUUAUUCUAUACGAUCAGCAGCCUCAUUGAAGAACAAGAAUGAAGUUACGGCUAUUUUAGAAAAUAAUGUGACGCUUGAAGACAUCAAACACACCGACCGCAACUUGCUGAAUGAGAUGUAUGGUGCACGACAAGAUGAACGUGAAACAGAAGAACAGGUUCGUCUGCGUCUGAGCACGGCACAGCAGAUGCGUGAGGAAGCCAUAUCAGCUAGUAAAAAGGAAACAAAGGCCAAGCGAAAGGAAGAUGGUUUUAGUGGCGACAUGACUGGAUUAUCUGCACCUAGCCAUGUUCUUCCAAACGUAGAAACAUUAUUUGAUACCUUCAUGUCCUCUAUCAUGGCUCUUCGCAUUGAGCAUGAAAAGCCUACAGUGUCACCAGCCACAGUGACUUCGAUGGAAAUUGAUGAAGAUAGUGUGUUUGAUAACCAAGAAGAGAGUAUGGACAUGCUGAUAGACGGCAGUAUUGUCAAUCCUCCUGAGCAAGAUUUCCCUUCAUUAGUAAAAUAUCUCUCUGAAGAAUUAGGUGGAAAGCCAUUAGAUAAAAAAGCUAUAGCUGCUACCAAUGAUUCUUCUUCUAGUGAAGAUGAAUCAGAAGAAGAAGAAGAUCCUUCAAAGAUUGAUUGGUAA